UAUCUGCCAAUGUUCAUUGUUUACCUGUUCAGUCUGUAUGUUAAAAUGUCAUAUGGUUACAUUGAUUCCGUCUUCCGUGUCGCAUUGGUUUGACGGUGUUAAACGAAAUUACCCGGUCACUUGCCAUCAAAAUUGCUUACAGUUACAUCUGGGCUGCCAAAAGAAUAUUCUGGAGAUCUACAUUCAGCAGACCCUUUUAACCAAAAAAAUGAGUACAGGAAUUAUUUAUGACAAUCGCAUGGUUGAACAUAAGUGCCUAUGGGAUUUGAACUACAACGAAAAACCUGAAAGAUUUACUAGCAUACUUCAAAGAUGUGAAGAGCUGCAACUUCUGAACAGAUGCCUACAUCUUAAACCAAGAGCAGCUACCAAAGAGGAAUUACUAAUGGUUCACACACCUGAAAUGAUAAGCAUUCUUAAAAACACAGCUGGCUUUUCCGAUGAGGGAGCAUUGGAACAAUUGAGUUCAAAAUAUGAUUUUUUGUACAUUCACCCGAGCACCUAUGAUUUGUCGCUAUUGGCUGCUGGAUCAACAGUUGAGCUGGUGUCUAACAUAUUAGAUGGAAAAAUAAAAAAUGGAAUGGCCGUUAUAAGACCACCAGGUCAUCACGCCAUGAAGAGUGAAUAUUGCGGUUACUGUUUCUACAACAAUGUGGCCAUCGCUGCCCAAUAUGCGCUCGAAACUCAAGGCCUUAAAAGGAUACUAAUUGUGGAUUGGGAUAUUCAUCAUGGACAAGCCACUCAACAGAUGUUUUAUGACGAUCCAAGAGUCUUGUAUUUUUCAAUCCACGGCUAUCAAAACGGUGCAUUUUGGCCUCACCUCCGUGAGUCCGACUAUCACAACAUCGGUCGCGGUGCUGGCCUAGGAUACAACAUCAACGUCCCCAUGAACGAAAUUAAAAUGGGCAACAGCGAUUACAUGGCCAUAUUUCACGAGUUGCUAUUGCCAAUCGCUUAUGAGUUUAACCCCGAACUAGUUAUCGUGAGUGCUGGUUACGAUGCUGCACUCGGAUGUCCUGAAGGUGAGAUGGAAGUAACACCUGCAUGUUACAGCCAUUUCACGAAUUCUCUAAUGGGCCUUGCCAAUGGUCGACUUGCCGUUGUUCUCGAAGGAGGAUAUUGCUUGAAAUCGUUGUCGGAAGGUGCCGCCCUAACCUUGCGAAACUUGCUUGGCGAUCCUGUUCCUCUCAUACAGAAUUUAGACGCUCCUAAGAGAAGUGCUCAACAGGCAAUUAUGAGUGUAAUGUACGUCCUUCGCCGUCACUGGAAUUGUCUUCAACAUUUAGAAGAAUUUAACGUACAGGAAAUAAAAGAUCCAAUGAAUCUUCCUGAAAACAAAUUCUGGCCGCGCAUAGAAUUCGUUGGCAGCGAUGAAAAGCCAGAAACGUACGCUACUCGUGAUAUUUGUCCUGCACAGGAUCCAAAAGUUGCGGCAGAGCUAGAUGCGCAGCUUGAUGCUUUAAUUGCAAGUACGUGUUUGGACGUCCAGCCAAACCGCGUUGGCUUUACUGCCAACCCAGCAGAACCUAUAGUGGCACAAUUGGAAAUUAUUCAACGUUGUCACAUGAUCCAAACAGAACGAUCCCAAACCUCGAUUGCGGAAGAAACGUCGGGAUUCUUUAGAAACUUGAUAGGUAGCAUCCUUGAUGGUAAAUGCCGUAGUGGCAUUGCCAUUGUGGAUAAAUCUUCCGAAAAUUUGAUUAAAACUCUGAAAUACGCAGUCGACAGUCGUGGCACCAAAAACGUAAUGUUUAUCGAUAUGAGGAUUCAUCCCGACUGUGAAAUACAAAGAUCAUUUCAAGAAGAUGUUCGCAUUUUAUGCGCAUCGCUGUAUUCCGGACUUGCUUUGGAUGAUGUGGAAUUUGUGGGGCUGAACGAUUCAAAAAGAUACAUCGUUAAUAUUGGUUUGCAGCCUAAUUGCGGAGAUGCAGAAAUAUUUUCAAGUUUUUUUCGCGUACUGUUGCCCAUUGCUUAUCAAUUUGGCCCGCAGUUAAUCGUUAUUGCAGCAGAUUCAUCAGGAAAUAUUUCAGCGGAAGGUUUCGGACAAAUCAUACACCUGCUAACGUCAAUAGCUGAAGGUCGAUUGUCUGUGACUUUUGAAAAUUCUCUAGUAAUUAACUCCUCCUUAAGCCGAAUAAAAAGCUGUGUUCAGGCUCUUCUGGGAGAGCCAAUUGGUAUGCCAGGAGAAAUCCAUCAUCGACUAGAUGCCACAUCAGUGUGCACUAUUCGUACCGUGAAUAAAGCGCAUAAUCCGUACUGGAAUGCUUUGCAAUUCAAUUUGCAGGUACCGGAUGUGAACGUACUUGUACCACCAUUUAUGAACGACGAAAAGGUUUUAAGAUAUAAUCCUGAGCUUUUACAUUCUUAGAUCCAUAGGAUGCAUCGAAUCUUAUUGAAUAUUUCAUUGAAGGUCUGUUGUUAGAUGUUAAAAGUACAUAGAUUUAAUUAAACGAAAAAAGCAUGUAAAGCAUGCAUUCUUAUUUCAAAUUUACUUAUUUAAUACCAAGGAAGCUGUAAAAAUGUAAUAGUGUUUACUUGAAUUGGACAUAACCGAUCCAAUUUGUAAUCGAUAUCACCAAUAAGGUAAAAUCUAUUUCCCCCCGGCAGCCGGUGGGCGCUAGUGUUAAAAUUGUCUAUUUCCCCUCGGCAGCAAAAAAGGCGCUGUGCCCUUUGCGAAGCCUAUGCUUCACAGACAGACGAAUUAUGUAUUUAAAACCUAAUCUGUAUUACUUAAAAUCCUAAUCACGUGUAUUUUAACUAUUAAGAAACACAAAAACAUUUGACUCAUAGUUGUUAUCUUAUGUACUGGGUACUGCUUUUUAUCGAAAUUAAACACACAAGCAAGCUACUUGUUACAUAAUUUUAUUUUUUACUGGUCGUUUUCUUUUACUUGAAGCAGCGGUCAGUGUUGACUCUGCUUGAAGUAACAAAUACUGUAUUUUCCCGUAGUAUCCACCUGAUUGUGUUCACUGAUUCAAGUGUGCAAUAGCUAUUUAAACACCAACGCCCCUACUGGCCGGGGGGAAAUAGACAGUUUUGUCACUAGCGCCCCUCGGCAGCUGGGGGGAAAUAGCACAUUUUGACAUGAGCGCCCGGGGGGGCUGCCGGGGGGAAAUAGGCGUGUCCCACCAAUAAACCAAAAAUCGGCCACGAUUAUAGCCAAUUUGGGCCGAUCGCUAAGUUGCCAGUUUACUGUUUAGCUUCAACCUAGCAAGGGCGAAGAAACAAGAAAGUACAAAGUAGCUAAUUUGUCUUGCCUCUGCUAGUGGCCGCCAUGCUUUACAGGUAUUCUACAGUUUAAUUACUGAAGAGAACAGGUGAUAUGUAAAGUUGAAUUUAUGCAUGGUGAUGACACAAACUUAUGGAGGUUCAUUGGUAAAAAGUUGAUCACUUCAAUGGAAACAAUUUUAAAAGUUUCUGCUACCAGUGUAUUUUUGUUCCUCUACAUGUUAAGGAACAACCAACCUUGAUGUUGCUCUUGUGAUGGAUCUGGAUUAAUGCUAUUCCUUACAUGUAUGUUAUCGUGGCGAAUGGUAAUGUUUUUCUGAGGUCGAGAAAUGGAAACAUCUGAUCGCUCUCAUUUUCGGAACGGAACUUUUAGAAACCGGUGCUGAUUAAUUUUUGGUGGAAAAUUUUACGUCGAAGACUGAACUUGCGUUGUCCCGCGGUUACGCUAAAAACUGAGACACGUCCGUGUCAGUGGCUGAAAGCGAGCGACUCGGACCCAUCCAGUUGGCUUCUAGCCCGUUUGUUUCGUGGAUCAUUCGUGUCUAUUAAGGAUUUCGCAAAGAGGACUCAUUGCUGGCGGAUAUCGCAACAAUUUUGGAUGGUUUUCAUUUUGCCGUGUCAAAUGAAAUCGACUGAUUCAAGCGCCUUCGAUCAUUAAUGGAUACAAUAACGUAGUCGGAUUCCAAGUAAACUAUGAUGGUUUUUCAGCACUCAUUUUACGCCAUAUGCGAAAAGAUGGCAUUUCGGAGAUUUCUUGUCGGCUAUCUUUCACAUCACCGUAUCAUUUUAUAUCAAUGUAUAGAAACUACUGACGAGGAAUUCCGCUUCAUCUAAAAGGCAAAUGGAUCCUAGCUUAACUAUUAAAUACAAACAGAAGAACUGGAAAACAUGGAAAGAAGAGAUAGCAAAGAAAAAAAAAAAAAACAAGUCAGGAAGGAAAAUUAAGUAAGCAAAAAGUAGAUGAACCUCAACCCUACCCGGGGAACUGAAUGAAAUAGAGAACUGCAGCUAAUGUGAGUAUUGUCAUGGAAAACUACGUCAGCAGUGUUGUGCUGAUUUUGUCUUUAUUUUGCCCGUAAG